UUCUAUUCAUCUUCCAACAGAGAAUUGAACAAGCUUUUGUAUACUAACGAACGGAGAUUAAAAAAAAAACAAAACAAAAAACCCAGUAUUAAUCAUGGCUUCUGAUCUUCUUGGUCAAGAUUUCUUGGAAACUUUCCGGUCUCGGAAGUUGCUGUUAUCGGCCCCGGCGCCGGCAAACAGCAGCUUCGACACGGUGGCGGCCAGCAGUACGACGACAUUUGACGCGAACGUUGUGAUGGUCCUGUCGGUGUUGCUGUGCGCUUUGAUCUGCUCGCUGGGGGUGAACUCCAUCAUAAAGUGCGCGUUGCGGUGUUCGAGCAUUGCCGCCGGGAGGACGGCGGCGGCGGAGAGAUCAAGUUCCGGCGGCAGCUCGGCUGCGGCGAGGCAGGCGAAUACGGGGAUCAAGAAGAAGGCGCUCAAGACGUUCCCGGUGAUCAGCUACGCCGCCGACGCCAAGAUGCCGGGGCUGGACACCGACUGCGCCAUUUGCCUGUCGGAGUUCGCCGCCGGCGACCGCGUCAGGCUGCUGCCGAAAUGCAACCACGGCUUCCACGUCCGCUGCAUAGACAAGUGGCUCAGCUCUCACUCCUCCUGCCCCACUUGCCGCCACUGCCUCAUCCAAACCUGCCAGAAAAUUGUCGGCUGCACCGCCGCCGCCGCCACCCAACCGCCUACUCCCGCCACGCCCCCGCCGGUUCCGGCCACCGUCGUCCUCCAGAUCGAACCCCUCCACCGGGAAGGUCUCAUACCAAACUAUCAUAAUUAGGUUAACUUUUUCUUUAAUUUAGUUAAUUGAGCGAAAAAUUUGUAACCCCCAAGAUUUCCAAUUGUACAUUUAUUUAACUUCUAUUUUGUUUAAAGGAAAAAAGAGUUUAAUUUCA